AUGGGCUUCUUCAGCAAUAUUUUUGCCCGCAAGUCGAAUGCGAAGAGGGCUUCAGUCAAGGGUCAAUCAUACAAUGCGACUGUAGCUUCGAUACCACCAAUUCAAGGUAUAUGCGACAUGCAGAACACCAAGACAUUUGCUGACAAGGAUCCAGGAACAUAUCCAGUCUCUGGCAAUGGCCCCAACGUCUUGGAUCAACUGCAGCGAGCCGCCAGAAAACGCAGCCAAGCGCAAUUGUCAACGGUAUCACGAGAUGAUUAUGGCCAUGAUUCUAUAGCACCUCCUCCCAUGGUCCCUCGAUUUUACGGUCAAUCGAGACCAACAACGGCACCCAACCAAGCCAACUCUUCAGCCUCACGGCCACUUUCUCUUUCACGCAGUAUUCGAAGUUCAAACUCAGCUUGGAGCGUUCCUGAGAAACCCUCAAGAGGUCGCAUUGAGAAACCACCUCCAGUGCCCUCCAUUCCAACCCACCACCGUCGAGAGAGUUCAACCGAUUCAUUUCAGGACAAGCGCCAUUCAUUCAUCGAUGUUCUUGAUGCACAGGGAGAAUUUUCGCAUUCAAACUUCCGCUCACGGCUAUCGGCUACCGGUGCGCGCGAGUACGAUGAAGACGUUGCCGAGAGAAAUCUGGGCGAUAACGGCUUGAACCUUAAUAGCGCCGCCACAAAGGCCUACUACCGACUCUCCGGUAGUGGUCAUCUAGAGUUGCCCACUAACGACCGUGAAUACGAAGAGGAUGAUGAUGAUGAUUGCGCCCCUUAUCCUGGUGUUCCCCAUGGUGACUCCGGCACAAAACGGGAUAAAUGGUCCCAGUCUAAUUCAUCAGUUUGGAGGAGAUCUUACUCUGGUCCAAUUGGCAACGAUUUGUUAAGAACCAGCAAGUCGCAUCUUCGUGAAAAACGAUCCCAGUCUCCCACCAAAGCGAGUCUCACGAAUCUCAGAGCACCAACAUUAUCGAAGGCAGACCGCAGAAGAUCAUUCAACGCUUUCGCUUCUCCUCAAGAAGAAGAAAAGAGUCGCAAACCAAGACCUCUCAGCUUACACCCUUCCAUCUCCAGCUUCUCCUAUGACAGACCACCAUCACCUCCAACUCUAUUGCCACCACAAUUGUCACCACCGUCAGCAUCACCCCCACCAGUACAACGAUCAAGGCCAAGGACGAGCGAAGGUCGAAGUCGAGGUAGGAGUUUUGGCCAUAUCGAGAUUGAACCUGUUGAAGAGGACGAUGAAGACUCUGCGCCUUUCCCAACUGUACCAUCACGGUUUAGACUUUCAGAGCACCGGUCCACCUCAUACCUCGAACCAAGCUAUGAACUUGGCCACCAUAACACGCACAAUCAACGCCCAGAAUCAUACCAUGGAGGCUUAGGCACGUCUCUGAACGAGAUGCCUCACUUUUCACGCCCAACCAGUGCAUCGUCCAUGGACAAGUCAUUCAAUCGAUCUCGCACCAUGACCAGCAUCCGCAGUCAGCGUCUCGACGACAUCAACGAGCACAUCCCUGUGCGAACAUCAUCACUAUUUAAGGCGCAACCAUGCGUCACACCAUCAACAAUGUCUUCUGGCUUCUCCAGCAAUCCCUUCCCUAGAUCCGUGGGUCACCACACUCCAAGCACAUCGAUUGACGCAUCUCUUCCCCCGUCAAUCAAAUUGCAUCCGGAGCCUGAACAAAACGAACCAGCGGAAGAAACCAGCUACUACAAUGCAGGCGAUGACGAGUUUUCCGAUACACUGGUUCCUUCGCGAAGAGAGAUCGAGCGGGAUCUCGGCCACUCUUUUGGUGAAGGUACCAACCUGGAUCUCUACCUUUCUGAUGCAAGCGAGGACUCAGUAGACUCCUUUGUCGCGUGGAAGGAGAAGCGCCGUAAUGAAGAGGGCCUCCUUAUGAAAGACGCUUACGGAACCGGUGCAGGUCUACCAGGUCUUUUCGAACCUGUGCCCAUUCUCAAGGCUUCUGUUGAGCCUCCUUCCCUUCCCGAGAUACCUGUCGAGCCUGUUGUCGCCAAGCGCCCCAAGACACCAAAGAGUCCGAUAAGUACGAAGAGCGAUCGUCGUACCAGCAUCCGAAGCAGCAAGUCGACGCCUAACCGAUCUCAACAAAGAUCACGACAGAGUCGCAGAAGUACUAAUACACCCCGCCACACCAAAGCCUCCAACGAUCAAGACUCUGACUCUGAUUGGGAGGAUGAAAUACCUUCCGCUCCCACAGUGCCUGGCUUCGUCUCGCUCGCUGAUCUCGGUAUCGAUAUUCGUGAACUAGGCUGGGACCAGUUUGGCCUAACUGAGGCUGAUGAUGCGAAGGUGGACAUGCAGACUGCCAUAAAACUUAGAAAGGCGAUCAAGGCUAAAAAGCAACGACAGAAGGAAGAGGAGGAAGCUUGUGCGGCAGAUGUCGAGGACCAUUGA